ACUUCUUGUAAUCACCAUCACUACUUGUGUACUUACAAUCAAACUUAUAUAGCUAGCUUGAUAUUAACUAAUUAAGAUAUAUCACCGCCCAGCUAUAUACCAAUAAUAAUGGCUUCGUCUAUCGACAUAGCGGCUAUUAGAGAAGCCCAGCGGGCACAAGGCCCAGCUACCAUUCUCGCGAUUGGCACGGCAACCCCCUCUAAUUGUGUCUAUCAAGCUGAUUAUCCUGAUUACUAUUUUCGCAUCACUAAAAGCGAACACAUGGUUGAUCUCAAAGAGAAAUUCAAGCGCAUGUGCGACAAAUCCAUGAUAAGAAAGCGAUACAUGCACCUCACUGAAGAGUAUCUAAAAGAGAAUCCCAGCCUUUGCGAGUACAUGGCUCCGUCACUCGACGCACGUCAAGACGUGGUGGUCGUGGAAGUCCCGAAGCUCGGUAAAGAAGCCGCAACCAAAGCAAUCAAAGAAUGGGGCCAACCCAAAUCCAAAAUCACCCAUCUCAUUUUUUGCACUACAUCCGGUGUCGACAUGCCCGGUGCCGAUUACCAGCUCACCAAGCUUCUCGGCCUUCGCCCGUCUGUUAAACGUUUCAUGAUGUACCAACAAGGUUGUUUUGCUGGGGGUACGGUUCUUCGUCUUGCCAAAGACCUCGCGGAGAACAACAAGGGGGCUCGUGUUCUUGUUGUUUGCUCUGAGAUCACUGCUGUCACGUUUCGUGGUCCUAAUGAUACUCAUCUUGACUCACUUGUGGGUCAAGCUUUGUUUGGAGACGGGGCCGCUGCAGUCAUUGUGGGUUCUGACCCUGACUUGACGACUGAGCGGCCCUUGUUUGAGAUGAUCUCUGCAGCUCAAACAAUUUUGCCUGAUUCCGAGGGGGCUAUUGAUGGACAUUUGAGGGAAGUUGGGCUUACAUUUCAUCUUCUUAAAGAUGUACCCGGGUUGAUCUCAAAGAAUAUUGAGAAGGCGCUAACACAAGCCUUUUCUCCAUUAGGUAUAAGUGACUGGAACUCGCUGUUUUGGAUCGCGCAUCCUGGAGGUCCAGCGAUAUUGGACCAGGUGGAGCUCAAGCUCGGUCUCAAGGAAGAGAAAAUGAGAGCCACCCGACACGUGCUUAGUGAGUAUGGGAACAUGUCUAGUGCUUGUGUGUUGUUCAUCAUUGAUGAGAUGAGAAAGAAGUCGGCCGAGGAUGGUGCUGCGACCACCGGUGAAGGGUUAGACUGGGGUGUUCUCUUUGGGUUCGGUCCCGGUUUAACCGUGGAGACAGUGGUUCUUCAUAGCCUCCCAACCACAACAGCCAUUGCCACCUAACUAAAAUAUCACGGGAUGUGUACUAUUUAUGAAGUGACUUGAUCAAUUAUCACCUAGCUACUAUGGUUGUUAUUGGUUAAAUAAAUGUACUUUUAGCUUA